AUCGCCAUUUCAAUUGUAUUUGCCUUUUAAUUUUUGUAAAAAAAACGGCAAGUCAUCGAUUAAAAUCUGAAUUAGUAAUGGCGGAAACAAAUGGAUCCGCCAAUUUAAAUACAAAGAAUGGAAAUUUCAUAUGUGGCGUUGUUGAAGGAUUUUAUGGUCGACCAUGGACUACUGAACAGAGAAAAGAUUUAUUCAGAAAGCUAAAAAAAUGGGGAAUGGAUUCUUACUUAUAUGCACCCAAAGAUGACUAUAAACACAGAGCUUAUUGGAGGGAUUUGUAUACUGUAGAGGAGGCUGAACAUUUAACUGGACUUAUUACUGCUGCUAGAGAAUCUGGAAUUACAUUUUAUUAUGCUUUAUCUCCAGGCCUUGAUAUAACUUAUUCAAAUGUUAAAGAAGUUACAGCAUUAAAACGGAAAUUAGAACAAGUUAGUCAAUUUGGUUGUCAAGCAUUUGCAUUACUUUUUGAUGAUAUUGAACCUGAAAUGAGUGAAGCUGAUAAAGAAGUUUUUCAAUCCUUUGCUCAUGCUCAGGUUUCUGUAACCAAUGAUAUUUUUCAACAUCUCGGUCAACCUCGUUUUCUUUUAUGUCCUACACAAUAUUGUGCAACAAGAGCAAUGCCUAAUGUUGCAACUUCUGAGUACCUCAAUACUUUAGGGAGUAAAUUAGCACAAGAAAUAGAUAUAAUGUGGACUGGUCCAAAAGUAAUCUCUAGAUUAUUAACAGUUGAGUCAAUUGAAGAAAUUACAGAGGUUCUGAGACGACCACCAGUUAUUUGGGAUAAUUUACAUGCCAAUGAUUAUGAUCAAAAACGGGUAUUUCUCGGACCUUAUUCAGGACGAUCUCCAGAUCUUAUACCAAAACUUCAUGGAGUUUUAACGAAUCCAAAUUGUGAAUAUGGUGCAAAUUUUAUAGCAAUUCAUACCUUAGCCCAAUGGAGUAGAUGUAAUGUUGAUGGUAAACGAGAUCUUAGUUUGAAUGAUACAGUUUCUGCAGAUAUUAAACUUGAAACUGAAACCGAGGAUGGUGUUGUUGGAGAAGAUGUUCCAUCUACUUUAUCUCCUAACAUGUAUCAUCCUCGUCGAGCUCUAAAAAACGCUAUUAAUGAGUGGCUUUUAGAAUUUAGUAAGAAACGUGUAGUGUUUGGUGUAAUAGCCAAACCUCAGCCUUGUGUUGCAUCUACCAUCCCUAUUUCUAUUAUACCUUCAGUAAAUACGUGCAUGAGCUUAACAUCGUCAACAACAACAACAACAUCAACACCAAUGGUACCAGUUGCAUCAACACCAAUUGUUGUAAGCAAUAAUUCGAAUCAUUUACAAGCUCUAGCUGAAGUCUGCUCAACUGUUAUGGGUAAUGAAUCUUUCGCACAGCCACCCUCAGGACCUAUCAUGAAUUCUCUUGUUUCGGAAACGAAAGUAGUGAAUGAGUCUGUAACAUUACCAUUGGUAACAUGCAUAGGUGGAACUAUUCCUUCAAGUUUGAAUAUACAUUCCACUGAACCCAUGGAUUGUAAUACUACACCUACAAAUUCACCUGCUCAUAUAUCCAAAAUAUCUGUACAAGAUGACGAUAUUAUGGUAGAAAAUACUUCUAAUUGCAGUGCAACAUGUGGAAAUAUGCAUAUAGAAGUGGAUGGCCAUUUAGUUGUAGUUAAUGGAACACACAUGAUUGUUGAGAAAGAUGGUGAGCAUCGCGAGAAUCAUAGGGAUAGACACAUAAAUCUUGAUGAGCCAGAGGAGGAUGCACUCUUCUUAAAAGAUAUUGAUAAACAGUUAACUCAUGAGGAUUUAUCACUUUUGUGUGAUCUUUUUUAUUUACCUUUUGAGCAUGGUGGUCAAGGUAUUCAGUUACUGCAAGAAUUCAAUUGGUUAAAAAGCAAUGCACAUGUCAUAAUUCACAAAUCCAAAGAGGAAGAGACAAUUGGCAAAGCAGAUAUUGAAGAAUGGCAUGCCCGAGCAGCUAAAAUGAAUGAAAUAUGUAAUGCUGUUAAUCGUUUACUUCAAAGAUUAACAUAUUGUAGUAAUCGGGAACUACUGUAUGAUCUUUAUUCUUAUGUAUGGGAUAUGAGAGGAGUUGUUUCAUUAUUAAACAGUUAUGUCAAAUGGCUUGCAUUUGGCAGAUUUCCAGUGACGAUGACAACAUUUACCCAUGGCAGCUACACAUGGUUUUCUAAUGGUUGGAAAGAAACUUUUAUGAGUGGAGAUCAAGAACCGUGGGUUUUCAGAGGUGGCCUGACCGCUGAUUUGCAGCGGUUAAUUCCUGUUGAUAGCGGGAAUGAUUUGUUUAUAUAUAAAGCACCUGAAGUGCCUAGCAGUAAAAUUUACACGAUUCGCCCAUAUCUGCCAGAUGAUGAAGAAGCCAUUUAUACAGUUUGCAAUCAAGUUAAUAACUGUAGAACAUCUGCUGUGUCCGAUAAGCUUGUAGGAGGAUUUUUAAUGUUGAGUCCAGAAUUUUGCAUGGUUGUGGAAGACGAGACUGGUAUUGUUGGGUAUGCUCUUACUGCCUUAAAUAUCAAAACAUACAAUCAAAAAUUAGCGAUAUCUUGGAUUACUGAAAUGCAGUUAAAAUAUCCAUUAAAAAGUUUAAAUAGCAAUAUGUCUCAAGAUGAACAGGAGGCAAUACAAUAUUUUCAUACAUUUGUACCUGAUGUACCAGAACAAUUAUGUCGGCAACAUCCAUCUAAACUUAUAUGUUCAUUAUUACCAAUAGUGUUUGAUCACUCAGUUUCAAAACGUUUAAUUACAUGUACUUUAGCCGCUUUGAGAGCAAAUGGCUCUUUUGGAGUACAUACAACAAUGUCAAUAUCUGAUAAAGAUACUAGAGACUUUUAUGUCAGAUUAGGUUUCAUCGAUUUAAUACCUCCAUUAGAAAACAAUUCAACAAUAAUAACAAUGUGUAGAAAUUUUUAACAGUGGCAAAACAUUAAA